AUGAUCUCACUUAUGGUUGAGAGAACAUCGAAUUUUCUCAAUAAAUGGACAGCAGCGAUUGAUGAUAAAAAUCAAUCGAUAACACUUGACAUUCACGAAGAGAUGACAAAUCUUACAUUGGAUAUUGUAACUGGAUGUGUAUUCGGAACCGAAUUAAUAAACGAUCAACAUGUGCAUGAAACAAUCUCCAAGUGUGUUACAAUAGCAACGAAAGAAUUAGAAAAGCGCAUGUUCAAUAUGAUCGUCAUUCUGCCAAUCAUCAAUCAAUUACCGAUACUAGGCAAACCGCGUAUUGAUCAAGCGAAAGAAGAAAUCAAGCAUAUUGUUCAACAGAUCGUAAACCAACGAAAAAAGGGCUUGACAAAAUCGGCUUGUAAAGGACCUGAUUUACUUGAUUUAAUGUUGACAGCACGUGGCGAUGAAAAAACACAGAGCUUUACUGAUGAAGAAGUUUCCGAUGAGGCGAUUACUUUUGUACUUGCCGGGCAUGAGACGACAUCGACUUUGAUGACCUGGACUCUGUACAAUUUGGUAAACAAUCCUGAUGUGUAUCAUCAAUGUCAAGCUGAAAUCGAUUCAGUAUUGACUAACGAUGAUGAAAUAACAGUAUCAACUGUUUCGUGUCUCACUUACAUGGAAGCCGUGUUGAAAGAAACGCUUCGAUAUCAUCAACCUGUGCCGGUAUUAGUUCGUACCGCGACUAAAGACAACACUCUUGUAGCUCGAGAUGGAAAACGUAUUCAUAUUAAAAAAGGAACAAGUGUAGUCAUCAAUCUGCACGUUCUUCAUCGUUCUGAAAAAUAUUGGCAUGAACCAGAGAAGUUCGAUCCAUUGAGAUUCAACGGGCACCAUUCAGACAUAUUACUGCCGUUUGGAGGAGGACCUCGUACAUGUAUUGGACAGAAUUUUGCUAUGUUGGAGGCAAAAAUAAUGUUGGCAUUGCUUGUACGACGAUUUCAUUUCGAGCUUGUACCGGGUCAGAAACAUGUUCCAGAUAUUGCUGUCACAAUCAGACCGAAAUAUGGCAUGUGGAUGAGAAUUUCUCGACGAUGA